AUGGACGAUGUACAGACGAUGUCCACCUCAGAGAUGCCGAUUUUUGACAUAACGCUGCACCUGAUGAAGUUCUGGUCAUAUCUAUUCGUUCAUAAUUGGCGACGCUAUGUCGCGCUGACGCCAUUUGCUCUCAUCAAUGUUACCCAAUACGUCGACAUCUACCUAAGCUCCGAAUCCCUGGAUUUCAUCAUUCGGAAUGUCUACCUGGCGGUCCUCUUUACCAAUACAUUUGUUCGGGGUGUUCAGCUGUGUGUGCAGCGCACGCGUUACGAGCGAUUUCUGGAACUGUUCAAGGGCUACUAUAUUCAGCUACUGAACAGUUCGGAUCUGCACAUUCGUCAAUUGGUGGCUGACGCCACGCAACUUUCGAAAACCAUUGGACGCAUUAAUUUGGUAAUGGGAACCUGCAGCUGUGUUGGUUUUGUGACCUAUCCCAUUUUUGGCUCGGAGCGUGUGCUGCCCUAUGGCAUGUAUGUGCCUGGUAUUGACAAAUACGCCAGCCCCUACUAUGAGAUCUUCUUUGUGGUGCAGUUCAUAAUGACGCCUAUGGGCUGUUGCAUGUACAUACCCUAUACCAAUCUGGUGGUUACCUUCACACUGUUUGCUAUACUCAUGUGCCGAGUGCUCCAGCACAAGCUGCGCACCUUACAGCAAUUGCGAGGCAUACGAGUGCGUCACGAAAUUAUAUGGUGCAUACGUUAUCAGGUCAAGUUGGCAAGACUAGUGGAUGCCAUGAAUGAAUUAACGACCAAUUUGCAUCUGUUUGAGUUUCUGUGCUUUGGCGCGAUGCUUUGUGUGUUGCUCUUCUCGUUGAUCAUUGCACAAACUAUUGCCCAGACUAUAAUAGUCAUUUUCUAUAUGGUCAUGAUAUUUGCCAACAGCGUUGUGCUUUAUUACGUGGCCAAUGAGCUUUAUUUUCAGAGCUUCUACAUAUCUAUUGCCGCCUAUGAAAGUAAUUGGACUGAUUUGGAUAUUGAGACACAGAAAACAUUAAAGUUUCUAAUCAUGCGCUCGCAAAAACCACUAGCGAUACUCGUUGGCGGUGUUUAUCCAAUGAACCUGAAGAUGCUGCAAUCGCUGCUGAACGUCAUUUAUUCCUUUUUUACGUUGCUGCGACGCGUCUAUGGCUGA